AUUCACCCAAAACUAGAGAGUAGAAAUUAAUCUGUUUGGAUAGCAGUCCAACUAGAAUAAAACUUGAGAUUAGAGAUUUCGCCAUUUCGGUGUCAUAGCAAGGCAGACGCUCCACUAAACUUAAAAUGAAACGAUGUUGGUCCUUUCCAAUUCUCUCUUACUCUCUCUCUAUCUCUAACUAAUCUCUCCGCUGAAGAAAGGAAGAAGAAUAACACGCGUCUUCUUCUUCUCAUCCGUAGCUUUCUCACCUCUGUCUUAAUCUCUUCUAACUCACACACACAUUUACGGCGCGAUUUUUAAACCAAUUAAAAAAAAUUGACGACAUCCUUCUCCCUCUGCUCCCACUGUGAUGCCAUUCUAGGGUUUUGGAUGAAACAAUGGGUCUCGGCACCGACAAGGACGACCACGUCGUCCACGACGGAGACUCCAACCCUUUCCCAUCCGUCUCUUGCUCCAUUUGCCUCGACCCUGUUGCCCGCACCGGCGAUAGAUCCUGGGCCAACCUUCAAUGCGGCCAUCAAUUUCACCUCGAUUGCAUUGGCUCAGCCUUCAAUAUAAAAGGGGCAAUGCAAUGCCCUAAUUGCCGGAAGAUUGAGAAAGGUCAGUGGCUUUAUGGCUCCCGGUCAUAUCCAGAAUUCAGCACAGAUGAUUGGGCACACGAUGAGGAUCUAUAUGAUCUUAGCUACUCUGAAAUGUCCUUUGGAGUUCACUGGUGUCCUUUUGGUAACCUGACCCGACUUCCUUCUUUUGAAGAAGGGGAAUUUUCAUCAACUGCAUAUCAUGAUAUACUGGGACAACAUGCUAUAUUUGCUGAACAUACGGCCGUAUCAUCUGGUAGUCAUCCCUGUCCGUAUAUAGCAUACUUUGGACCAUUACAUCCUUCCCCCUCGAACUCUGGCAGAACUGGUUCAGAAACAUCUAACUUCAGCCACUGGAGUAACCCACCUAUACCUAGUGACAUGCCAACGUCCUAUGCAUUUCCUGCCAUGGAUCUCCAUUAUCACAGUUGGGAACAUCAUUCGCCUCAUUUUUCAUCUGCAAGCAGUCACCUAGGAACUGCAGAUCAUCCUGCAGUAUCACCUGGUAGUCAAAGGCCAGCCAGGGGUAGUUCAGAGGUUCCAAGACCAGGAUCUUUUAUGCAUCCCUUCAUUGUUGGUCAUAGUUCUGGUGCUAGGGCUGGGACAUCAGUUGCAUCUUCAAUGAUACCUCCGUAUCCAGGUAGCAAUGCCCGGGCCCAGGACAGAGUCCAGGCUCUUCAGGCAUACUAUCAACCUCCACAACCUCCUAACUCUACCUCAAUGCGAACACCUAAUGCUUCUGGCACUAGAAGAUCCAACAGCCAUAGUGGGUCAGUUCAAUUAGCACAAGUUUCCCCAUCAUCGGACCCAAGUGGUGGCUUCUUGUUGAUUCCAUCAGGUUCAUCAGGACGCAAUUUUCCGGAAGAAGUCCAUAUGCCACGUCGCUUCCAAGCAUGGGAAAGAGAUCAUUUGCCUUCAUUAUCUUUGAACCACGCAGAUAGAGAAUCAAGUUGGAGAGCGUACCACCAGGCUGCCAGCGGAUCAGAACCAAGUAUUAGGUCCAACAGCUUUCGAUUAAGGCACGGAUCAGAAAGAAUGCCUUCACAAAAUCGAUGAUACACUUGUUUUAUGUCCUGUUCCCUCUGAAGCAAACGGCUGUUUAUGGAAAAUCAAAAUUUAUGUAUGCUUUGAGAAUUGUUAUAUAAUGCUUUGGCCUGGCUGGCAUGUUAUGUCAGACUUAUAUAUACUCUGGCUGGCCCUGGAAUUGAUCUUUCUGGCAGCCACGAGGCAGUGUGAUGGACAUUGGCUUCUAGUUUCUUUGCCUUUUGGUGGGCAUCAAAUAAGACGUUAUCUACUAGUUGGAGAGUAUCAGGUUUUUGAAAGGAAUGUUGGGUAUUCUCAUCUCUAAA